CUUGGGAGCGACGGUGAACAGACUCCGUUCCUCUGUCCUAACCUUAACAUUCACAAACCGCUUUGACCACAAAAAGGGUGACUGAUUACGGCACCUGUCCCAUUUUCAUCAAAGAGGAAGAUCUAGAUCCGCUAGCGAUAUGCUGGUGGCCUCUCCCGCUACAGAUAACACUAUAAGCGAUCUAAAUAAUUCAGUCAAUUCGAUGCAAACUUCCACCCCACAGCAGUUGCUUGGCUCUAACAGUAAUAACUACUUGGAAAGUGCUGCAAACGUCGAUAGCUUUUUCACGGACGCACUGGAUGUUUUCAGUAAAGCUGGGACUCAACCACGCAUUGCACAUAACCACGCAGCACCAUCUGAUCCACUGACGGCUGACCCAUCUCCGUCUGGCAUCAGCUCCUUUAAAGAGGAGGAAGACCAAGAGGAAGAAGGCGAGGAAGAUGAACCAAAUGCGGUAACAUGGAAGCUCAAGCUAUCUCCUUCUAUGAUGAUUCUCGACACGAACAUUUUGACAGUGGCGGGUUUGGAGAAAGUGCUGGAACAGCUCAAGAUCAAUGUUCAACCCCAAGCUGAAGCCAACGAUUCAAAUUCCAUGUUGUAUGAUUUAUCUCCUAUCCUUACACCAUCGCAACGUAUGGUCAUACUAGGAGCCAUUAAAUCAGUAUACCCUUCCUACACCCUGGAGCCGAUCAAUUUGGCACACUAUCAAAACGUCAUGUGCACACAACUGACCAACGAAUGCGUGGAAGAAUUUUUUUCUUGCUUCAACGAGCCAGUCUGGAAUAUCAAUCGGUCCGCGUUCAUGUCGACUUAUAAUCCAACAGCCAUUCUGGAUUGGAAGUCUACUCAGUUUUCAGAAGGCAUCGAUGUUCUGUUACAAGCGUCUGUGUGCUCAGUUACCAUCGGUCACUUACUUUUAGUUCACCGACAGCUUCCCUACCUAAACGUUACUGGUUUGAUGGGGAUCUAUCAUUUGAAGGCCAAGGAAAUACUGGAGGACUACUUUGAUGUAGGCGAUAUCCGGGUCGUCAUGUCCCUCUUAAUGUUGUCUAACCCACCCAAUACGCCUGCUGGAGACUAUCUAACAUUAUCCCGCGAUAAAAAUAUCUAUCUGGAGCUAGCUAUCCGGAUGUCAGAUGCAAUUGGUCUAUUUGAAAUCGACCGGCGGAAAACUCUCAUCAGUAACGAACAUGAGCUGGAGAGAGGCCGACGGCUAGCUUGGGUCAUCUUGUGCAUGGAGUUCUUUUCGGCUAGUAAUACUACCGGUGGUACAGGCUACAUCGAUUUGCGUCAUUGGCAGGUCAACCUGCCCACAGCAUUACCCUCCGAACCGCAAACGACUCACAAGUCAAUCGAGUAUUUGUCGCAUUUUGGCCAAAUGGUGAUGCAAUAUAAAACUGGGUACCCUGGAAUAUUGCGCAUCACCCAUCAGACAGCCAUGAACGCGCAAAAUUUGCAACGUUUUCUCCAACCGCUAUUUACUCAGAUGAAAGAAAAUGCUACCAAAUUCUUGAAAUUGGAUGUAGACAGAGAAAUGUAUGGUGACUUGGAGCAAUUGUCUGCAGAACCAAUCCCUCAGCGGCCAUUCAGCAUUCUUGCGCUGAACCUUCACCUACUGUUCCAUUCUUUGGCUUUGAAUGUUUAUACCUCUUUUAUUCCUGUGAAGUCCAUUGCAUAUGACAAGAGCCUACAAGGUUUUCGGGAAAGACCUGUACAUACGUCGACGAAUAUCAACGCUAACUUAACAACCAGUCAACCUCAGAACAUACAUUAUCUGGGAGCGUCUCCACAUGGCUCGCCUGCCACCUCUCAAAUGUCCCCCAAGCCGUCCCAAGAUGUAUCAGCCACUCCAUCUCAGCUCUAUUGUACCGUAUCGGCAGUUGUCACGACGACGAUGAUGAUCGGUCUUUUGGAAGCUAUACUUCAGCGAGAUACCACCAUGUGUCAUCAUGAUCCUUUGUAUGGAUUGGUACAAUUGACGCACACAUGUCAAUAUAUAUCGAGUGUCAGCAAGGACGAUGGCGUUUUAUCGCUUUGUAGUAUAAAUAUCACUAGAGCUCGAAUUCUCUUGGAGCGCCUACCAUUAUGCCGUACUGGCGAUUCUAGGUGUAUGGAGUUACUUACUCGACUUCGAAUAUGGCAAGGUUUGGACCCUAGCAGCAAGAGUGUGCCCACCAGUCUUGUAGAGACGCAAAGCUUGCGAUCCUCUGGCCAAGAACUGGCCAACCAAUUGCAGCAAAGAGUCGGUAGUUUUAAUGAAAGUACCCCUUCAUGGUCGACACCUCGGCCAUCAUAUCCGUCGCGUCAUACCACUGAAACUUCAGACGACGAUCAGCAAGUCAAACUGGAGCCGGCUGAUGAUCGAAUGGGACCACAAGACGAAGAGUACUAUAGUGGAUCGUCGUACGAAGAUUAGAACGAUGAGUGUCGUGCUUCCCUUGAUGUUUUUUUUUUAUAGAAACGAUGGAGAGUUCUGUGUAUAAAUUUGGUUUUCUUUUUUUUUAUUGGGUCUGUUUGAUUAUCAAGAAAUAAAUUGUCAAAGAGAUCUCAGUUCGUCAGUCA